AUGGCGGAGUGGUUCUUCAGCAGCUGCAAGCGCCCCAAAACCCUGUCCUUCGACUCCAGGAACGAUCCGGACACCGGCGUCGACGUCUCCCUCGCCGAUCUAGUCGUCGAGAGGUCCGAUACCCUUCACGAUCAUCAUCCGAACAGCAACGACGACGGCAACGGAGGCAGUACCGAUGUCAGGCCCACGGGAGGCGACAUCCGCAGCCCCGGCCAUCCCAGGACCCGCGGCGUGGCCGUGGUCAAGUACUCGAAGGAACCCUACUUCGACUUCCGGCAGUCGAUGAUGGAGAUGAUGGAGGAGAACUGCGUGAAUUUGGGGGAGAAGACCGACUGGGAUUUCAUGCGGAGGCUGCUCGACCGCUACCUCGAGCUCAACGAUCGAAGCGUCCAUGACGACAUCCGGAGGGCCUUCGAUGAUCUGACGCGCCGUUGA